CGGCCGGGGCGGGGCCCGGGGCAGCAGGGGCGGCCCGGAGGCGCCUCCGGGGCAGCAAGGUGACAUGGAAGGUGAAGUGGUUGAGGCUAUCGGUGAGGAGUCUGAAACGUUCAUUAAAAGCAAAGAAAGGAAGACCUAUCAAAGGCGCCGGGAAGGUGGGCAGGAAGAGGAUGCUUGCCCGAUGCCGCCCAACCAGGCAGAUGGGACUGAAGUGGUGCAGGAUGUCACUGGUGGCGUCCAGAUGGUGAUGAUGGAACAGAUAGAUCCAACCCUGCUUCAGAUGAAAACUGAAGUCAUGGAGGGUGCUGUGCAACAGGACGCCGAGGCCACUGUGGACGACACCCAAAUAAUAACUCUUCAGGUUGUCAACAUGGAAGAGCAGCCUAUAAACCUUGGAGAGCUGCAGCUGGUCCAGGUGCCUGUCCCAGUGUCUGUACCCGUCGCUGCUGCUUCUGUGGAAGAACUUCAGGGGGCGUACGAAAACGAGGUCUCCAAGGGAGGCCUGCAGGAGGGGGAGCCCAUGAUCUGCCACACCCUCCCAUUGCCAGAAGGCUUCCAGGUGGUCAAAGUCGGUGCAAACGGGGAGGUGGAGACGCUGGAACAAGCUGAACUUCAGCCACAGGAAGAUCCCAACUGGCAAAAGGACCCGGACUACCAGCCUCCAGCCAAAAAGACAAAGAAAGCCAAAAAGAGCAAACUCCGUUACACUGAGGAGGGGAAAGAUGUGGACGUGUCUGUAUAUGAUUUUGAAGAGGAGCAGCAAGAGGGCUUGCUCUCAGAGGUCAAUGCAGAAAAGGUGGUGGGCAACAUGAAGCCCCCUAAGCCAACAAAAAUUAAAAAGAAAGGAGUGAAGAAGACAUUCCAGUGUGAACUGUGCAGUUAUACUUGUCCACGCCGUUCUAAUCUGGACCGCCACAUGAAAAGCCAUACUGAUGAGAGGCCGCACAAGUGCCACCUCUGUGGUAGAGCCUUCCGGACGGUCACUCUGCUGAGAAACCAUCUCAACACUCACACAGGUACUCGUCCUCACAAGUGCCCCGACUGCGACAUGGCCUUUGUGACGAGCGGAGAGUUGGUUCGGCAUCGCCGCUACAAACACACCCACGAGAAGCCAUUCAAGUGUUCCAUGUGUGACUACGCCAGCGUGGAGGUCAGCAAGUUGAAACGUCACAUUCGCUCUCACACCGGAGAGCGUCCAUUCCAGUGCAGCUUGUGCAGCUAUGCCAGCAGGGACACUUACAAACUGAAGAGGCACAUGAGAACUCAUUCUGGUGAGAAGCCCUACGAGUGCUACAUUUGCCACGCUCGCUUCACCCAGAGUGGAACGAUGAAGAUGCACAUCCUGCAGAAGCACACAGAGAAUGUGGCCAAGUUUCACUGCCCUCACUGUGACACAGUCAUUGCGCGGAAGAGUGACCUGGGUGUCCACUUGCGGAAGCAGCAUUCCUAUAUUGAGCAGGGCAAGAAAUGUCGUUACUGCGAUGCUGUGUUCCACGAGCGAUACGCACUCAUCCAGCACCAGAAAUCUCACAAGAACGAGAAGCGCUUCAAGUGUGACCAGUGUGAUUAUGCGUGUCGACAGGAAAGGCACAUGAUUAUGCACAAGCGAACCCACACUGGAGAAAAGCCUUACGCCUGUAGCCAUUGUGAUAAAACCUUCCGUCAGAAGCAGCUGCUUGACAUGCACUUCAAGCGCUACCAUGACCCGAACUUCGUCCCGGCUGCUUUUGUUUGCUCCAAGUGUGGCAAAACCUUCACACGCCGUAACACCAUGGCCCGACAUGCAGAUAACUGCACAGGCCCUGAUGGGGUAGAAGGAGAGAAUGGAGGUGAGCCCAAGAAGGGGAAGCGUGGGCGAAAGAGAAAGAUGCGCUCCAAGAAAGAGGACUCCUCCGACAGUGAGGAAAAUGCAGAGCCAGAGUUGGACGAUAACGAAGAGGAGGAAGAGACAGCGGUUGAAAUAGAGGCCGAGCCGGAAGUGGAACCCGUGGCUCCAGCACCACCGCCAGCGAAGAAACGAAGAGGAAGGCCGCCCGGCAAAGCCAACCAACCAAAACAGCCCCAGCCGACAGCAAUCAUUCAGGUGGAAGACCAGAACACGGGUGCAAUCGAAAACAUCAUCGUGGAAGUCAAGAAGGAGCCUGAAGCAGAGACUGUAGCGGCGACGGCCGGAGCUCAGCCGGCUGCGGUGGAAGCGCCCAACGGAGACCUCACCCCAGAGAUGAUUCUCAGCAUGAUGGACCGGUGAUGGAGGAAGGGUCGUGCUUGGACUGAACUGGCCUGGGCUCUUUUUGAAGCGGCUCAAUCCUUUUUUGUGUUUUAUUUUGUUUCUUUUCACCUUGGUUUUUUUUUUUCUGGCUUUGGGAAAUGCAUCGUUUUUUAGACCAUUUUACCAAACAACCCCGGGACACAAAAUUUCAAAUGAU